AUGAUCGAUACAAUCUCUGUUGGCACUGGUGACCAUGUCGAAUCCCCUCCACCCUAUGAGGCGACCGGGGGCGCCAUCAGCAGCACCCUCAACCACGACACGGGGACCUUAUCUGCUGUGCCACUCUCCACCGAGGUGCCAUCCCCGGAGAUAUCUUUGGCCCCCAAUGGCCGCGUAGAUGUCCGUGUCCAGUCGCGAUUCAGCCGGAAUUUAGAAUGGCUGUUGAGUAACCAACCCGCUGAGGUGCCACUGACGGAGGCAGAUCCGACUCCACCUUAUUCAACCUUCCGUCUUCGCCUUAACAUCGUGAUUCAAGUAGUUGGCAGCCGUGGAGAUGUCCAGCCGUUUGUGGCUCUUGGCAAAGCUUUGCAGAAACAUGGCCACCGCGUGCGGUUGGCGACACAUGCUACGUUUGAUCAAUUUGUCAGGAACGCCGGUCUGGAGUUUUAUGAUAUCGGUGGGGACCCCACUGAGUUAAUGUCAUAUAUGGUGCGAAACCCCGGUCUGAUCCCGAGUAUGAAGACCAUUCGCGCUGGCGAGAUUCAAAAGAAGCGUGCCUCGAUGGCGGAGAUAUUGAACGGCUGCUGGGACUCAUGUCUGAAGCCAGACCAAAAUGAUACGAAACCAUUCGUGGCGGAUGCGAUCAUUGCAAAUCCUCCGAGCUUUGCACAUGUUCACUGCGCUCAAGCUCUUGGGAUUCCCGUUCAUCUCAUGUUCACGAUGCCCUGGACGAGUACGAGGACUUUUCCUCAUCCACUGGCAAAUUUGAAGUAUUCAGGGAACGACCGAUCAUUGGGAAAUUUGAUUUCCCACUAUUUUGUGGAAUGGAUGACAUGGCAAGGACUGGGGGAUUUGAUUAAUGCUUGGCGGAAAGGCUCCUUGAACUUGGACCCUAUCCCUGCCACAGAAGGUCCGAACUUACUAGAGACGCUCAAGGUGCCUUUUACAUACUGCUGGUCGCCCGCACUGGUACCAAAACCAAGUGAUUGGGGGUCCCACAUAGAUGUUUGCGGUUUCUUUUUUCGUGAAGCGGUCCCCUACACACCAACCCCAAGCCUGGUUACUUUCUUGCACGCCGGCGUUCCGCCAGUCUAUAUCGGGUUUGGAAGCAUAGUCCUCGAGGACGUGCAAACAACCAUGUCCGUCAUACUAGAGGCUGUUGAGAGAACUGGGACGCGGGCCAUCAUCGCCGGUGGGUGGAGUGAUUUGCGAGGGGAGCAGGACUCUAACGUUUACUACAUCGGCGAUUGCCCCCAUGAGUGGCUUUUCCAGCACGUAGCUGCUAUUGUGCACCACGGCGGCGCCGGUACUACUGCCUGUGGGCUGCGGAAUGGUAAACCUACAACUAUUAUUCCAUUCUUCGGAGACCAGCCAUUUUGGGGCAACAUGGUCGCCACCGCUGGGGCCGGGCCUGAGCCUAUUCCCUUCCAAGAUCUCACGGCAGCAAAAUUGGCAGAUGCCAUCACUUACUGUCUCACACCACAUGCUAAUACCGUGGCACAGUCCAUUGCAGAUAGCAUGAACGAAGAGUCAGGUGUUAGUGCAGCCGUUGAUUCAUUUCACGCGCACCUCCCGCAACAAAGUAUGACAUGUGACCUUCUUCCCGGGGAAACGGCAGUCUGGAAGGUCAAACGAGGUAGGAAAGCAAUGAAACUAUCCGCCACAGCCGCAUUGGUCUUGAAACGCGAGGGAAUGUUGCCGGAGAAACAUCUCAUACCGUAUCAGAGCAAGCCCUUCAUAAUCCACAUAAAGCGAUGGGAACCCCUAACAGCCAUUUCUUCAACAUCAUUGUCGACCAUUUCAGGCAUGGCUGACGCCUCAACUGGCGUUUUCAUCGAGCCUUACAAAGAGUACAAACGUCUCCGCUCAAAUCGCAGCCACGAAACAUCUGCCCUUGGUUUAUCCACAUCAUCGACCAGGUGUGAGAUUUCUUCAAUAACCGAUUCGGUUGCACCAACAGCGACAGCCUCCUCGAGCAGCAUCACCGCUAGCACCGAGCACAACGAACCAGAAUAUGCAAAAAGAAUGGCACUUGCGUCUGCUACCAGCUUUGGAAAAUUCCUGGGCCGGUCCUCUCGUGGAGCAUUCGUGGAUCUUCCUCUUGCCACGGUAGAAGGAUUGCGGGCUGUUCCUGGCCUGUAUGGAGAAGAAGUACGAAUGUAUGACCCAGUAUUGGACUGGAGAACCGGGACCAUAGUGGGGUGUUCAACAUUUGCACAUGGUAUAUCCGAAGGUUUCACGGAUAUCUUUGUGUAUACGUGGCAAGGGAAGAAAAAGCAGGGUGCUGUUGGGGUGGCUAAAGGAUUGUCAAAGGGAUUGAUAAGUUUUACAUCCAAAUUAGGAGCGGCGACAAUAGGCCUUGUUGCAUAUCCAAAUCAGGGGAUUUACCGCUCACUGCAGGCUUCAAUUCGAAAAGAUCUCACGAAGCAAAUUGCAGAAGCGAAAUGGGCGGACUCAGAGUGGAAUUUUAAGCUAAGCAUGCAGGUGGACGUGACAGCAAUUUGUUCGCUGUAUAAAGAGUUGUUGGUGACCAGAGAGAAGACGCACGGUCGAAGGUAUUAG